AAUAAUAUUAUGAAUCAUGGAUAUCUUGUUAGUUUUUGAACUUCGAGAAUUCCUUUAAUUUAAUACUUAGAUUUUUAUUCUUUUGAUAUUUGUUUUUACUAGAAGAUUUCAAAUAAUCGUACACAGAAUGAGUAAAAUAAGCGUAUUAUUUUCAACAAUUUUUUUGUCAGCAAUGAUAUUACAAGCUCAGUCUUAUCUACUGUGUUAUGAUUGCGUGUCGACACACCCAGGUUGUGGUACUCCGUUUAAAUGGCUAUGGUACAGAACUGUUUCGUGUCCAGAAGAAGACGAUAUUUGUGUUAAAAUUAUUGAAAGAAAUGGAGCCGACGAAGUUAUCACACGAGGGUGUUUGAGUUCAAUGAAAGGUUUUAGGACAGAUAUUCCUGCUGAUAAAUACGAAGGAUGCAGAAAGGGUGCUAUGGACAUAAAACUCGGUCAUUAUGUAAAUAAUUCUAUUCCUGAAUUGGACAUUAAACGUGACCAUUUUUCUUCGACUACAUGGUGCUUUUGUUAUUUCGAUCACUGGUGCAAUUCGGCCAACCUCUCGGCAUCGUCUCAUCUUUUAAUUGUUCUUAUAAGUAUAUUCUUUUUUAUCAGACACAUUGAACAAUGAUAAAAUAUUUUAUUAAUGACCUAAAAUUAUCACCAAAGUAUGUGCAUCCUUAAUUCUUAGUAUAUGUAAUGACCUUAAUUUUUUUGAUCUGAUUAAUAUAAUGUAUAUUAAGUGAUAUCUGGUUCCCUUAUUAUAAUUCAAAAAACUACAUAUUAUCUGAGUUCUAAAUACUAAUUAUCAUAUUUAUAAUAAUAAUGUUUCAUUGGAAAAAUGUACUUACUUUUUUUCGUAUAUGAAAAUAUAUUCUCAAGUUUUUUAGUUAUUAUACCUAUUAAGUAUUAAAUUGCUUGUUAUUCAUCAAAUUAUAUGUCAAUUGAAUUAUUUAAUGUAAGGCUGUUCACAAUGAAAGCACCAAUUUUUUAUCUAUACCAUUUGUCUUACCAAUUAUGAUAUAGUUAUUUAUGAAUUGUUAUUGUAAGGUUAUGCUACGUAAGACUGUAUUUUAUUUAGAUCUAACAUCAAUAACUUGAAUCCGUCCAAUUUUUGCAUUAUAUUAUUUUUUACAAUAUUUUUAUGUAUAACGUUUUAACAGUUACGUUAAAUAAAAUUGUAUGAAAUAAGAAUAUAUUAUUUAUAUAUUUACAAA